GAUAAUAAUUACGUGUAGUACUAAAUAUAUCAAAACGUAAUCAAUUAAAAAAGUUUACUUCGACAAAGGGGAAUUUUCGUUUAUUCUCGGUGCAGCUAUGACGGGCAACUCAGCAAAUGCAGAAGUGCUGGCGGAAACAACGCUUGGCACCGUCAAAGGUAAACGCAAUACGUCCGUUUACGAUGACAACUACUACAGCUUUGAGCGCAUACCCUUUGCGCAGCCCCCACUGGGUGCAUUACGCUUUAAGGCGCCUCUAGCCGCGACACCGUGGCAAGGUGUGUUGGAUUGUACGCAAAAAGCCGAAAAACCGUUGCAGAAAAAUGCUCGCACAAACGAAAUCGAAGGUGACGAGGACUGUUUGUAUCUGAAUAUAUAUGCGAAGCAGCUAAAAUCAGAAAAUUCGCUGCCUGUCAUGGUCUUUCUUUACGGUGGUGGCUUUGAAAUAGGCGAUCCGACACGUGAUCUGCAUGGCCCCGAUUAUUUGAUGAUGAAGGAUGUCAUUCUAGUCACAAUUGCCUACCGGCUGGGCCCAUUAGGUUUUCUUAGCUUGCACGAUCCCAUAGUUGGCACCCCGGGCAAUGCGGGUCUGAAAGACCAACUUCUUGGCUUACAGUGGGUUAAAGCAAACAUCAAAAAUUUCAAUGGCGAUUCGAAUAACAUAACUCUUUUCGGUGAGAGCGCCGGCUCUGCGUCCACACACUUUAUGAUGCUGUCACCGCUGGCGAAAGGACUCUUUCAAAAAGCUAUACUUAUGUCUGGCACCGUACUCUGCCCAUGGGCGCUGUCGCCGCUGAAGGCCUUACCAAAACGUUUAGCACAAGCUAAUGGCUACACUGGCGAUGACAAUGAUCACGAUGUACUCGAAUACCUGCAACAAUUACCCGCUGCCGAUCUGUUACGUCACAACUUGCUUACCAAAGAGGAGAAGUUGGAUGAUUGCUUUUUCGCAUUUGGCCCAGUAAUUGAACCGUAUUUAACAGAGACAUGUAUUAUACCGAAGCAACCGAUUGCUCUGUUUGCCGAUGCUUGGGGCAAUGAUAUACCCGUUAUAAUUAGUGGUACAUCUUUUGAGGGUCUUCUCAUGUUUGCGCGCGUCCAUAUGGCACCGUUCCUUUUGCACGAGUUAAACGAAAACCAACAACAUAUGUUGCCAUUGGAGUUGAAACAAAAGCAUGACAUACAAACGCAAAGAGAAUUGGCAGCGAAAUUGCGCGAAACACAUUUUGCCGAGAGGGAAUUGCAGAUGGAACAUAUACUCAACUACUGCGAGUACGCCUCGUAUAAAGUAUUCUGGCAUCCCAUAUUGCGCACCGUCAAGGCGCGGUUGCGACAUGCACGCGCUCCCACCUACCUUUACCGCUUCGAUUUCGACUCUCCCGACUUUAAUCACCAGCGCAUCCGCUAUUGUGGUAAAGAAGUACGCGGCGUUUCACAUGUCGAUGAUCACUCGUACUUGUUCUUUGGCGAUUUUGCUUGGAAGCUGGACAAAGACACGGCUGAAUUUCGUACAAUCCAACGGAAAAUAGAUAUUUGGACUUCGUUUGCCGCAAACUCUGAUCCGAAUUGUGAUAAUCUCGGCGGUAACAAAUGGAUGCCGCUGCAAGCUGAUGGCAAGCUGCAUUGCCUAAAUGUAAGUGAGGAUUUAGAAGUGAUCGAGUUGCCGGAAAUACAUAAACUACAAGUGUGGGAUAGUCUGUAUGAAGUGGCGGAAGAGUAAAGACGGUGCUGACAAAGUAUUUUUUAAAUUGCACAUCAAAAGUAUUUAAAUUUUAACAUGUAGAAUUUGCAAAUAUAAAACACGUAGAUAUGUAAAUGGUUGAGAAUAUUUUUUCAACUAAACAUAACCGCAAAAAGGUUUGGCUUUAGGUUUGUUUUCAAAGUGUUAAAUCACACCUUGAUCUCGAGUCAUAAUUGGUUAUACUAAGUCCUCAUCACGAUAACUUAGCUCUGUCCACUUCAGAAAUAGCUUUUGUUGUACCACAGAUAACAUUUGUAUUACGUCUACAAAUUUAUGGUGAUAAAUGUUUUUAUUAAAUUGAGAAAGCAAGUACUUUA